AUGCUCCCUCGAUCAGCCUUCCGAGCGCAGCUAUCUGUGUCAAUUUCUCUGUGCUCAAAUGGCACGCGUCGUCUCUUCUCGGCGACCUCCUCGGCAAACGGCCAGAACCUCCCCGACUCGGCCCCGAUCAAUCCACGAUGGCUCACAAUGACCAAACGAAGGAUUGGGAAGUGCCUGAUGUUUGGGAUGAAGCCAGCUCAGGUUGACGAGGGGGGCAAGAUUUUACAGCAAUUGGCCAGGGAAUGGCGGGAAUUGAUCGCUGGGAGUGAGGGAUUCCUCACGGAUAAGAAGCGACGUAGUUUGUUUCGCCAUAAUGUUGUCUGGGGAGAACAGGAUAUUAUGGGUAUGCUCCGUCACGUCAACAACGUUACCUAUGUUCGAUACGCGGAGACCGCGCGAGUGAACUGGACGCGCAAUAUGGGUAAUUACAUCGAUACGGCAAAUAAAAAAGCAUGGAUAAACAUGCUUUGUAAUACGGGAAUCGGGCUCAUCCUGAAGAGUAUCAAGAUGGACUACAAAUUUCCCAUGGAAUCCCCAGACAAAAUCACCGUGUACCAAAAGCUGCUCCCAGACCCAUCUGGGCAUCAUGCAUCCCAAUCGGCCUUCCGAUUCGAGGUCAUGAUCAUGUCUGAAGCCCACCAACGCCCUGCUGCUCGUUGCUUCGAGGAUACCGUGGUCUAUGAUUACGAGAAGAAUCGCAAGACCGAGAAUAUCCCGCCCUUUAUGAUGAAGCAGUUUGAGAUUAUGUGGGAGCAGCAGGAGCAGGAGAAGAAGCACUGGAGACGGAAGAUAGCUGAGAUCGACAAUCGGGUUCGGAAUCUUGAGCUUGAGAGCUGGGAUCGGGUUGAUGCCGUGGAGGAUAACGGGUCUGCGUCGCAGUGA